ACAAGAAUCUUCAUGGCUGGCGGGCUGCAAAAGCUUCUUGAUCCUAGCCAGAGUGACUUCAUUCGCAAUCUGACCUUUCUUGAAGGAUGGCCCAUGCAUCUCCUCGCGGAAAACCCGAAGAAGUGUGUCUUUUCUUAUUUCAAGAGGGGAGAGGUUUUGGUGAAGAACAGCAAGAAAUCGGACUGGAUUCUUGUGGUCAAAUCAGGCAGUUGCUCAGUGAUGAAGCUGCUACACACCAAGAAAAAGAUGAGGAAGAAAAAGAGGAAAACGAGUCAAACAGGUUUACUGGACCUAACCACGCAGGGGAAACGCCUCUCCAUGCGCGGAGGGUCGUUAGAAAGCUAUCAGCAGCGCAAAACACGGGACGAGUUCGAACACUUCAUGAGAGAUCUGAAUAUUCACGAGGAGGAACCAGCCAAUCAGCCUGGGCAACAGAGCGUCUCAAAGGGCACAGCGCAUGGGCAGAUGGAGGGGCAGCUUGCUCAAAAUGGCCGAAAUGCAAAUGUUGAAUCCAACCAGGGCAUCAGGAGAACUAUUGACAAACGCUCAGGGCGGCCGGUUUUGCCCACACAAAACUCAACUGUCCAUUUAUCGAGACUUCCUUCGUAUGUGGCUACAUCAGGCCAACCAACCAACAGGGAGAACGAGCAGACAGAAAAUUCACAGCGAGAGGCAAGACAUCAAGAACCAGUGGGGCAGAGAAAGACCGUAGCAACCGAAAUUGUCGACGAAGUCGUCAAGAAAGAGGAUGAUGACGUUGAAGCAGUAUGGGUACAAGUUCAAACUUUGAUCAAGGGAUCAUACUUUGGACUAUCCGACAUGUUGUUUGAUGCUCAGCCGAGUUUCUCCGUUGUGAGUAAUGGAGCAGAAUGCAUCCUCAUGUCCAAGAAGUUCUACCGCGAACAUGCCACGCCCAGAAUGCUGACACGCUUGCGAAGAGAGGAGCAAUGUUACCCUGACGAGCAGGAGCUGCAGAAAAACCUAGAGAACAAGGUCGAGUGGGAGUCGUACAAAAGGAAGUGUCUGCUCACAGCACUAAAACGUACCAGAAAGCGUAGCAAUCAGCAACGAUGAAUAGACAUGUAUGAUGCAGGCCAAGUCUGAACAAUGCCACGAUAUCGUUCAUGGCGGAUUAUGGAGUCUGAGAACGACCAAAGCGUCAUUUGCCUAACGAUCUAUGAAAUUAUGACGUAAAGGUCAACUUUAUUUAAAAUGUCCACAAACGUAUAACGAAUGUGGCGCUGUGUCCCGCGUGAUAACGUAUGAGCGUGCUGAGAUAUGGACCUUAUUCACUAGUUGGCCAUUUUUGUCGAGUUCCCUGCAUGUAUUUCAUUAAUUGUUAACUGUUGAAUGG